AUGUCCUACAAUCUGCCGCUGAAACGCACACAACUGGAUUUCUCCCUAUCGUCCUCGGGCCCGCUGCGCCACGACUCAAACGCAUCAACGAACUCGUCUACAUCUUCGACCUACUCAAACUCCUUCGUACCGAGCCGUACCAGUACACUCAGUUCUAGUGGUUCGGGCAGUUAUCGACCCGGAACCCCGGAUCACAAAAUAGGUCGUGAUUCCCGUGGUCUCAAUGGACGCGGUGAGUUUGAGGGUAGAUCGAGCCCGGGAGAAGCAUACGAGAAUAUCCGUCGGUCUUUGCGCCCCCUCCCGCAGGCGCCUAAUGUUACCCCUCCAAAACUCAAGAACUCGUCCUCCUACCAUGCUCGAAGCCAGACCCUGGCCAGCCCCGUGGCCCACCGGAAUAUCGGAUGCGAACCUCUAAAAUGCAACAAGAGCUAUGGUUCGGAGCACAAGACCCUUCAAGAUGAAGGCCAUGAAUUACAGCUACAGUCAGCUGUGAAUCGUCGCUCGUAUCACGCUCGUACCCACUCAAGCCCGAACCCUCCUGUUCUUACAGCUGCUCUUACUGCACCCGAGCUUCAGUCUUUGGGAAGGUCCUCAACGAGACAUUUUCGAACAUUAUCGAGGUUUGCCGAAACCGAUAGCGAUGAGUUCUCAAUUUCAAAUUUGGCUCCGUCUGUUGUAGGAUUGCAAGGGCGCCGCCAACUAAAGAGAACUGACACAGUGUGUGGGGGUAGGGCAGUUGCGUCUUCAAGAAAUGCCAACGCCAACCCAUGGCUACAGCGAGAUUGGAUGGACAAGCAGCGCCAGUUUCUACAGGCCUACGAAUACCUCUGCCAUAUAGGCGAAGCCAAAGAAUGGAUCGAAGACGUUAUCCACAAGCCAAUCCCGCCAAUUGUUCAACUAGAGGAAGCCCUCCGUGAUGGAAUCACUCUAGCAGAAGUUGUCCAAGCCUUAUAUCCAAAUCGCAUACUUCGGAUUUUUCGGCACCCCAAACUACAAUUCCGCCAUUCCGACAAUAUUGCCCUUUUCUUUCAGUUUCUCAAUGAAGUAGAGCUUCCCGAGGUUUUUCGAUUUGAAUUGAUCGACUUGUAUGAAAAGAAAAACAUCCCCAAAGUCAUUCAUUGCAUCCACGCAUUGUCUUGGCUCCUGUUUAAAAAGGGUAUCGUGGACUUUCGAAUCGGCAACUUGGUUGGUCAGCUUGAAUUUGAGCGACAUGAACUUGAACAAACGCAGAGGGGCCUUGACAAAGCUGGUGUCCCGAUGCCCAGCUUUUCCGGAAUGGGUGAGAGUUUUGGAGCCGAACCUGAACCGGAGCCGGAACCAGUUGAGACUGAGGAAGAAAGAACUAGUCGUGAACUGCACGAGAAUGAAGCGGCGAUUACCGAGUUACAAGCGCAAACACGGGGCGCCCUUCUCCGGCUAAGACUAGGGAAUUUGAUGGAGCACCUUUGGGACAAUGAAGGACUGCUCAUCGAUCUUCAAUCAAGAAUUAGGGGCGACUGGACUAGGCAAAUUAUGGACUAUAGACUCAGUAUGCAACGAUUCGCCGUGAAUUUACAAGCUAGUGCACGCGGUUUCCUCGUUCGACGGAGAUGUGAAACCAGGCAAGCUGAUUGUGCGGCAGCUGAGACUAUUGUGUUAGGACUGCAAAGUUUAAUCCGCGCACAGUGGGCUAGACAUGAUAUUCGAUAUAUAAAACUUCAAGCCAGCAAAGCUGAAUCUGGCAUCAAAUUAUUCCAGGCAGCAGUACGGGGCGCUUUGGCCCGAAAACAAGCGUACGACCAGUGUGAAGCUACUAGGGACGCCGAACCAGAAGUUGAAUACCUUCAAGCAGCUAUUCGAGGGAUGUUGAAGCGACGUGCAUUCCUACAAGAUACUAUGGACCUUCAAGAUGCUGCUCAGGAAGCACGGCUUCUUCAAGCAGCAGCUCGAGGGAUGUUGAAGCGACGCGCAUUCUUACAAGAUACUAUGGACCUUCAAGAUGCUGCUCAGGGAGCACGGCUUCUUCAAGCAGCAGCCCGAGGAAUGAUAAAGCGGCGGGCUCUUUCCCAAGAUGCUUCAGAUCUUAGGAACAGUGCAGAUCAAGACACUCGGCUUCUUCAGGCAGCCAUCCGAGGAAUGUUGACGCGCCACGGAAUUCUGCGAGACAUGUCGGAUCUUGAGCAAAAUGUUGAAGCAAUAAUCAGUACUCAAGCGGUAGCGAGGGGUUUUGCAGUCAGGAAAACGAAGCUGGAAACCGAAAACGCGUUAGAAAGCGCUCUGGAUACUUGGCUAGCACUCCAAUCAUAUACGCGCGGAUCUGCCUUGAGAAGAAAAUUGCAGGAACAGCGCAAACAGCUUCAAGCCCAGACGCCAUCCGUCAUAGACCUUCAAUCUGCGGCUAGGGCUAUGGCUCUUCGCAAGGCAGUCAUUGCAACGGCUUCAGAGUUGAAGUCCGAGGAAAACGCGAUCACCCUAUUUCAAAAUUCGAUAAGAGGAUUUUUGACACGACGCCAACUUGAUCAGCUUCGUCGAGACCUUUUGGCACAGGCUCCAAUUACAUGCCAGCUUCAAGCGCUUGCUAGGGCUGCUAUGUUCCGUAUCGAUAUUGGAAACCUCCUCACUCAAUUAGACGAAAAUACAGAGGAAAUUGUACAAUUGCAGGCUCUAUCAAGAGCUAUGUUACUAAGAAUCGAGGUUGGCAACGCUCUUACCGAGCUUGAGGGCGAGGAGGAGGUUAUUAUAGAUUUCCAAUCGCGCAUUAGGGGCUUUUUGGUGCGACGCCAGUUUGCGGAGAAGCAGAAAUUCUAUCGAGAAAAUAUGGAAAAAGUUAUCAAGGUUCAAAGCUUUGUGAGGGCGAAGAUCCAAGGGGAAGCAUAUCGAAGUUUAACAAGCGGAAAAAACCCUCCAGUUGGAACAAUCAAAGGAUUUGUACAUCUUCUUAAUGACAGUGACUUCGAUUUCGAUGAGGAAAUCGAGUUUGAACGACUACGGAAAACGGUCGUGCAACAGGUCCGACAAAACGAGCUGGCAGAUCAGUAUAUUACCCAGUUAGAUAUCAAAAUUGCCCUCCUGGUUAAGAACAAGAUUACAUUGGACGAGGUUGUGCGGCAUCAGAAGCACUUUGGCGGCCAUGUUGGCACCGUCUUACCCAAUGCGGAUCUAUCUUCCAAAGACCCGUUUGAUUUAAAAGCGCUCAACAAGACCUCAAGAAGGAAACUCGAGCACUAUCAGGAGCUCUUUUUCCUCCUUCAAACGCAGCCUCACUAUUUGGCAACCAUUUUCCGAAGGCUAAGGGAGCUGGCAACACCUGAACGCGAGAAUGAAAGAAUCAAACACUUGGUAAUGGGCCUAUUUGGUUAUGCCCAGAAAAGGAGAGAAGAGUAUUAUCUUAUCAAGCUACUCGUGAGGUGCAUCAAAGAAGAAGCCGACAUGUGUACUUCUGUACAAGAUUAUGUUCGGUGCAACUCUUUCUGGAACAAACUCUUUAGCGCUUAUACAAAAUCUCCGAGAGACCGGAAAUAUAUGAAAGACCUUUUAGGUCAGGUUGUUAAGGAUAAUAUCAUUGAUAACCCAGAACUGGAUUUAGAAAGCGAUCCAAUCCAGAUUUAUCGGUCCGCUAUCAACAAUGAAGAGCUUCGCACUGGGCAGCGAAGUCGUCGGCCACCAGAUGUACCCAGAGAGCAAGCCAUCAAAGACCCUGAAACGCGAGCAACAUUCAUUCGAAAUUUACAAGACCUUCGCGAUAUUGCAGAUCAAGUCUUUAAUUCAUUGGAAGAAACCCUCCACCGGAUGCCAUAUGGAGUUCGUUUCGUCGCUAAACAGAUGUAUGAGUGUCUCAUCACAAAGUUCGAGGGCGAAGAUCGAGGAUAUCUUUUACAGGUGGCGGGCCAAUGGGUGUGGAAGAACUAUCUCCAACCUGCUAUGAUGGAACCUGAAAAGUCCGGUGUUGUAAACCACGCUCUUACCCAGGAGCAAAAGCGCAGCCUAGGCGAAAUUAGCAGAGUGAUGGCUCAAGUCGCAUCCGGUCGAUUGUUCGGGAGUGAUAACGUUUAUCUCCAGCCAUUGAAUACGUAUAUUGGGGAAUCGAUUCAGCGCCUCGGGGCCAUUUGGGGAAACCUAAUCACUGUCCAAGAUGCCGAAGCUCACUUUGAGAUUGACGAGUACAAUGACCUAUACGCUAAAACAAAGCCAACUCUUUACAUUAAAAUGUCUGAUAUAUUUUCCAUCCAUCAGCUUGUUGCCGGAGAAAUAUCACACAUUUGUGGGACAAGACGACAUUUUACGGGAAAUUAUUCGGGACCUUUGGUAGUGUGA